AUGAUCAACGCACGAGUAGCUGGCGCUCAUCGUUGUGCAAACGAUCACAACCUUGCACUUCAUGUAGUUUAUAUCAUAUUUUACUGUAUCAUUCUGGCUCUACUCAAUUCCGCUGUGUGUAUUAAGCACACAGAAUUCAAAGCCAACCACCGAGGUGCUUAUAUAUGCGCUAAAGUGAAUGUUGGCGAUGUACGUCGAACUACUCGUCGAUAUCAUCCAAGUGAUAUGAAUACCAUAUGUGACGCAGUUUAUUUUGAACAUCCUUAUGGAGGUGACGAGUAUUGUGUUCGCGAUGCCAAUUACAUUGAACAAUGGAUUGUUGUCGUGAAUCAAGAUGAUAGUGUUCUGCAAGCUGCUUCUAGUGAGCGUAAUAAUUUAACUGAUCGUUUCUGCGAAGCGAAAUACGAUCACGAUGCAUCAAAUAUAUUAAUCAAACAUAAUCUAAAACUCGAACAAUGGACGAUAUCCAAAGACAAAAACAAGUAUUCUAUUCCAAUCACAAUACACGCAUAUUCUUUAGAAAGAUCGUCCAGGGGUCGAGUGACGUUAUGUAUAAAAGUAAUAGAAGUUGGCACCUGUCAGCCAAUAUCAAGGGCAGCUGUUGAUAUUUGGCACUGUGAUGCCAUAGAACUCUAUUCACAUUUUGUCAAUGUUUCACUCGGUGGACGACCUCAAAAUACCGAUAAUUCAACAGUUCUACGUGGUACAUUCAAAUCAAUUCGAAAUGUUCGAUGGCAGUGUUGUUAUCCCGACCCAGUCGAAGGUGGAGGUGGUCCACCAUCGGUAGAAUCAGAUAGCAGCACCAAUCUACCAACAUCUACCUUAAAGGCACGAGGAAAUGCAGGAACAGUCGUUAAUUUUACUGUUGUUUUAUUCUUUUUCUUCUGUCAAUAUAAUGUCUCGAAUACAGUAUUUUCAGCAAGCGCGUACAGAAAAUAA